GCAAGUACCCUCGCUUCAGUGUCAAGGGGAAAAGAAACUGGAGCCGAUCUCUUUUAGUCGCCCCAGACCACCACGUCUGCAAUACGCAGUGAGCUUCAUCAUGUUGUUGUGGUUCAAUCGAGUUUAGGAUAGAUUUCACUGUUGACAUCUUGAAUUUCUACGAAAUCCUUAUUUUCUGGCAUGGGAGAGUCAAAGCCAGACGCAGCUGUCAACAACAAGGGGAGCCAUAAAACCUCUAAAACAUGGAGUUCGUUGUCGUACCUGAGACACCGCGAGAUCCACGGACUGUACAUGGCUGAGCGAAGCGAUGUUGUUUCAUCAAAAUAUUACAAACAUCUCUCGCUGAAGAAUAUGUGGGAUCCUGAAGCUACUCUAGACAAGGGAGGACACGGAGCAAUUUUUAAUUUGGAGUUUUCGCCCUCUGGUGAUCUUCUCGUUGCCGCUUGUGAAAGACAUAGCUUACUUGUGUUUGAUCCACUAAGCCAAAAGUUGAUAAAGAUGAUACAAGCAGCCCAUGGAGAUUGCGUUAACUGUGUACGCUUUUUGGACACCAGGAGCUUUGUAACAUGCUCUGAUGACACUACCAUAGCUCUAUGGGACUCCAGGAACCUUAAAAGUAAGGUGUUAAGUUUAGACGGACACUCAAACUGGGUGAAAAGCAUUGAAUACCAUAGGCCCUCUGGGCUCCUUGUGACGUCAGCUUUUGAUGAUACUGUAAGGACCUGGGACAUCAAUAGGUACUCCAAUGAAGAGGGGCCCCGUGAAAAGAUUGUUCUGCAAUUUUCGAAUUUGAUCCGCAUGAAAAUGUGCCCAGAUGGUUCCAAAAUGGUCAUAUCUGCUAUUCCCGGCAAAUUACUCGUGGUCCAUAAUUUAAACCUUGACUAUUUACAGUUUGACGUAGAAGGAGAGGAGUACCCAUUUUGGGGUGCCUCGGAAUCUUCCCUUGUUAGCUUUGCCAGCCAUCUGUGGCCAAGUAAGGAACGUAACUCCUUGGAGAUAAUUCAAGAUUUCCCUGAAGAAUGCAGCCCUUGGUGUAUUUCAUCACUAGAGGUUCACCCGCAUGGCUGGUGUACGCUUGCACGUUACACAUGCAAGAAAUCACGUAACGAGUGGACUGUGCUCCAUGAUAUUCAGGAUAUAGCUGAUACAAGCCUGGAUGAUGUAGAAAGUAGUUCUAAGCUUCCACGACGCCUGACUCACAGCAUUCAAGAACCCAAUGUUGCCAAAGGUUACAUAAAGGAACACUGCUUCAGCAGUGACGGAAGAAUCAUUUGUUCGCCUUUUGGUAACUCUGCUAGAAUCCUUGGCUUCAGUUCAGAGUGCGAUGAACUGGGAACUUGUGUUCAUAGUGCACCCUCAGAACUGUGUGACUUGAAAACACUCAUCAGUCAUAAACAUGCCGUGGUGACUUGCAGGUUUUCGCCGACGCAUUCACUUUUGUCAAUGGGUUGUUUAGGUGGAAAAGUAAGCUUUUACCAGCCUAAACUGUGAACUUUAUAACAGCAAAAAAAGUGAGUCUAAAAUGAUUCUGUCAUUCCAAGUGACUUAAAAUUAACUGGCCUUGCUUUUUGUUUCUUCUCUAAGGUCAAUUUUGCAAGGUUAGUUAUGGGGUCAGAUUUUCCAUCUAUAAAUGUUAAUAGUGAACAAAUGAAAUGUGGUUAAUUUAUUGAUUAUUAAAUUAAUAACAUGUAUUUGCUUAUAAUCAAAUAAAAUCUUGAUGUUCUUGGUAUACUUUUGCAAUAGAAAAUGCAAGAGGCUUAACAGGCAGACUUGGUGCUAGCCUGUUCCAGGCUCUUGGUAGUUGGUAGAAAAGAGGGUGAGCGAGAGCAGAAAUGAGGGAGGACUAAGACUACAUGUAUUCCUCCCCUCAGUGCCCCUUGUUUUUUCUCUCAACCGCCCUCUUUUUUUUUUGCUUGUCCCCAACUACUGAGGACCUGGAACAGGCUAACUUGAGGCAGGAAUGAAUUCUUGUAUUAGAGUUAGACCCAAUUGGAACCCUACACAAGGAAAUGCAUGAAUAAGAAAUCUUGUUGCCAAAGCAUUGGAAUUUUGUUGUUUUUGAUCACUGAUAUGGUUGCUUUGACCUUAUGUGAAAUAUUGUGUCAAAGAACCAUCGAUUUAUGCAUUUUGAAUUUUGGAAAAUAUGUUUGAGCAGUGAAAAUAUCCAGGAAAAACCUGAGGCUAAAGUUGAGAGAAAUCAAGGAAAUAUUCUUAGCAAUGUUUUCAUUUUCCCAAUUCUUUCACUUUUUAUGAUCGCGUUAUUUUCAACGGUUAUUACUACGAUUAUUAGUUGAGUAAGGCGCGGCAGAGCUGUGGUGAGAAGUUUUGGACUUAAAAUACGGUGUUGCCACGGAAAACUUUCCUCGUUUCGAAUGGUAACAAUAUUGUCGCCUGCAAUUUCUCGCGCUUUGCUGCCAAUCACGUCAAAGGCUGACAAGUUGACACUGGAGACGGAGCCAGUUACCCGUGACAACAACACAGGUUGAACGUUAAAACCUGGUCAACAAACUUUCAUCGCGCUUUACUCAACCUAUAAUCGUAAACAGUUUGUCGGGCUUCUUUAGGGACUGUAAAAGCCUAAAAAAAACACCGAUAAAUGGACCUGAACUUAUUUCUCGGCGAGGUCACAGCAAGCAAGUCAUACCCAAACAUCCCAAAAUUAAACCAGUAAUUGUCAACAUUGGUGGGGAAAACGUUCUUGUUAUGCAACAGCACUUCGUUAAGUACAGAGACUGACUACAAUCACUGACACAUUGUGUAUACAAGGAGCUCCGAGCGUUGGCUCUCCCACUCCCGUCUUUCAACGUUGUUGAGAAAUUGUAACGAUGUUUUCUUCUCUUCAACGUUGCAAAAA